AUGACUGUGUGCUACGUCGAAGACUCGCUUUGGUCUAGAGUUUACUCCGGCAACAGGAGCCACUUGCUUGCUAACGAGUCUGUGCUGCUCACCCAUGUCGCGCUCGCCGGCGACCAGGCUUCGGAGAGGUCAUAUGUAGAAGUCCACUAUACAGAUGACUCAGGUAAUAAGUGUGUCUGCCACUUUGGUGCCCUCGAGGGUGGCAAGACAGAGCACAUUCAGGUGUAUCUACCUUUCUUUGCCUAUAACCAAUACACCAUCUCAAUUUCGGGAUCGGCUGACAUUUGCUUUGCUGGCAGUAAAUUAGUCGUUGACUCUGAUGAGCCUGCCGUCCGCGGAGGGCCUGGUCAGUGGCCGAAAUAUGUAGGUGUGGGGGAGCUGAGUGACCCAACUCAAACAACUCCAUUGAAUGAGGAAGAGGGGUGUUCUGAAGAGGAGGACGAAGAAUCUCACGAAGAGGAAGUCAAAGAGAUUGAAGAAGUUUCCGAAGAGGAGGACGAAGAAACCGAAGAGGAGGACGAAGAAACCGAAGAGGAGGACGACGAAGUCCCUGCACACGGAGGGCAAUCUACGCCAAUGCGAAGCAAGCCAUCAUCGCCUGUCAAGACGCUCGCCGUGCCUGUCAAGCUAGAGACCGUUCAACCUUCCCAAACACGAAAGAAGGCUCCAACGAGCAAACCCAAGGUCGACCGUGCAGAGUCGACGAGUUCACCUGUCAAGACGCUUGCGGCGACCGUCAAACUAGAGACCCCUCGAGCGCAAACCAAGGCUCCAACGAGCAACCCUCCAACGACGAUUCCGGAGUCCCCUAAUCCGAAGAAGAGGGCCGUCGCCAACGCAGACCUCCCCGAAUCUCCAAAACGACACAAGAAAGAGCAGGCGAAAGAAGGUCACGCAGACGCACCCACACACAAAGACGAACAAGAAGGUACUGGCCUUGUCAUCCAGCACGGCGAUGAGGUCGACGUUCAAUACGUUCUUUCGGUUCAGAACCAAGACGGGACGUAUACUAUCAGACGCGAGGCCAUAACCCUUACUACGGUGAAGAUCGGUGACGAAGCAGCGCUUUUCGGAGUUAGCCGUUACUUGGAAGGUAUGAGGGGAGGAGGUGUGCGAAAACUCUUCAUUCCCUCGGGUGUGCUAGAGACGAAAGGCAAACGAUCUCGGAAAGUUUGGAUGCUUAAGGUCAGGGCAUCAACAGCAGUGAGUCGUGCUGCAUGA